CCAUUAAAUGGGACAUAGAGCUGCCCGUUGGUCUGCAACUCUGAUGGUAGAAUCCUCUUCUAGUCAGUGACCUCAGGUUAUCACUUCCUGACCAUUACCAAGGCUUGUCCUCAACCCCCUCCACAGCCAGGCCCUCCAGCUAUGGCCCUGCCCUGGUCUUGUUUAAGCACAGUCAUGAUGCCAGUUCGCAGGACUGGAUUCCAGUUGGAAUGUGACAAGCAUUGCAGUUGCUUUCAUGCAUCUGAGCUAAUGACAUCUCCAUCUUCUGAAUUCCUCAUAGAGGCAGAAAAAAAAAGCAAGAACUAGUGCCCAAGCAUGCCAGUGACCUGCUCUUCACCUAAAGCAGCCCAAUUCUGCCACCAGUUGAGCUUCUUCUGACUUUUUGCAGUCUGGGCCAGGAGCUGUCCCAAGGUGGAGGAGGGUCUCAGCUGUUCAGGGGACCCUCAGGUAAUCGCUUGCAGAUGAAUCAUUCCCCUGCUGGCAACCACCACAGUCAAGGUCAAGUUCAUCUUUGUCAACAGCAAGCCCAGGGUUCCUACCAACCUGGCCCACAGCCAUUCUUCCCACCUUAAUGACUCUGUGGGCCCUCUUACUGCUGUACGGUGCACCAUGGCCUUUCACUUUCCCAGAUAAUUUGGAAACAUACUUUCUGGAGCUAAGACCUAAUACAGGAACUAUGAUGUAAAAAACUGAGGCAGGGUGGCCAGUGCAGUGGGUGUGGAUGUGCCUGAUGAUAUGAAGAGCCGAAUCCCUGUGGUGCUCCUGGCCUGUGGCUCCUUCAACCCCAUCACCAACAUGCACCUACGAUUGUUUGAAGUGGCCAGAGACCACCUCCACCAAACAGGCAUGUACCAGGUGAUCCAGGGCAUCAUCUCACCUGUCAAUGACAAGUAUGGGAAGAAAGACCUGGUGGCUUCCCAUCACCGAGUGGCCAUGGCCCGGCUGGCCCUGCAGACGUCUGACUGGAUCCGUGUGGACCCCUGGGAGAGUGAGCAGGCACAGUGGAUGGAGACAGUGAAGGUGCUCAGGCACCAUCACAGCGAACUGCUCAGAUCUCCACUCCCAGUGGAAGGUACAGACCGGGGCCAGGCACUGUCAGUCCCUGCAGCUGCACUUGAGCUGAAACUCCUCUGUGGGGCAGAUGUCUUGAAGACCUUCCAGACCCCCAACCUCUGGGAAGACGCACACAUCCAGGAAAUAGUGGAGAGGUUUGGCUUGGUGUGCGUGAGCCGGGCGGGUCACGACCCAAAGGGGUACAUCUUGGACUCGCCCAUCCUCCAGCAAUACCAGCACAACAUUCACCUGGUCAGGGAGCCUGUGCAGAAUGAGAUCAGUGCCACAUACAUCAGGAGAGCCUUGGGCCAAGGGCAGAGCGUGAAGUACCUGCUCCCUGACGCUGUCAUCGCUUACAUCAAGGACAACAGCCUGUACACCAAAGACAGUUCCUGGAAAGGCAGAAGCAUCCAGAGGAGCAAAGGAAAGACAAGCUAGGAUGGACUCACUGACCAGCUACUCCUCCCCAGCCCCUCCUCGGGAGGGGGCUCUUAAGGUUUUUGUCUUGUUUCUUCUGUCUCCAUGGCAAGGAUAAACAUUUAUCAAAGAAGCUAAAACGAUGUGACAGGUUUAGGAUGGGGAAGAAUCUCUCAGGGCCACUGGAAUUGCCCACAUGCAUUUUUGAACUCAGACCAGGUGCAGUAUGUACUGGUCUUGAUUGGUUGGGUUUGACAGGGUGCUAAUUACUGAACAGCAGGCCUUGCCAACAUUCUUGUUUCAAAUAGAAUAAUACCCGGGGAGGAGUCAAAAAUUUGGAAACAGCACUUUUCUGAUUCUCUUUGCAUCCUACCUUACAAACCAUCAUCUACCUGCCUACUGGCCUUUCAGAGAAUCUAAACCAAACUCUAGGAAGAGAUCAUCAAGCAAUACUUUUCCUUGAAACCUGAUUUCCAGAUUUCUUAAAGGGAACUGAGUUAAAACAGAUGCCUGACUGUGUUAGAGGGUCUUUUUGAAUGUUUUAUGACCACUUGCCUGUUUGAAUAUUGGCAAAUGGAUAAAUAAUAAAUUGACGUCAAAAAAGUACUAAUGAAAAGUGCCUCUUUUUUCUGCCUUUGUUAUAUUAUUAAUGCCUGAUGUGCCAGCUGUUAUACUCCUUUUUAGCUCCUCCAUGAAAUUUGC